CUGGUGUGGGUCUACCUGCCGGGCCGCGAGCGCCUGCAGCGGCCCUUCCUGAACCUCAGCCACGCAGUGCUCACCUCGCCCUGGGAGGGCGACGAGCGCGGCUUCCUGGGCCUGGCCUUCCACCCACGCUUCCGCCACGCGCGCAGGCUCUACGUGUACUACUCCGUGGGCACCGACCUCCGCGAGUGGAUCCGCAUCAGCGAGUUCCGCGUCUCCCAGGACGACGAGAACAGCGUGGACCAUGGCUCCGAGAGGAUAAUCCUGGAGAUCGAAGAGCCAGCCUCCAACCACAAUGGGGGCCAGCUGCUCUUUGGGGAUGAUGGCUACCUCUACAUCUUCACUGGGGAUGGUGGGAUGGCUGGAGACCCCUUCGGAAAGUUUGGAAACGCUCAGAACAAGUCAGCGCUGCUGGGCAAAGUGCUGCGCAUCGACGUGGAGCGCCCGGCGCAGGGCCCACCCUACCGCGUGCCGCCCGACAACCCGUUCCUCCCGCCUGCAGAUGACGUGCUGCCCAUUUUCGCCUACCCGCACAAGCUGGGUAAGUCAGUCACCGGGGGCUACGUGUACCGGGGCUGCGAGAACCCCAACCUGAACGGCCUCUACAUUUUCGGGGACUUCAUGAGCGGGCGCCUCAUGUCCCUCCGAGAAAACCCAGGAACGGGCCAGUGGCGGUACAGUGAGGUCUGCAUGGGCCGAGGGCAGACCUGCGCUUUCCCAGGCCUCAUCAACAACUACUACCCACACAUCAUCUCCUUCGCAGAGGAUGAGGCUGGGGAGUUGUACUUCAUGUCCACAGGUGUGCCGAGUGCCACAGCAGCCUAUGGUGUUGUCUACAAAGUGAUCGACCCAUCCAGACGGGCACCACCUGGCAAGUGUCACAUCCAGCCUGCCCAGGUGAAAGUGAGGAGCCGCCUCAUCCCCUUUGUGCCCAAAGAAAGUAAGUGCCCACUGAGGGGUUCACUGUGGGGGGGGCUCUGCUGCUGCCUCCUGCUCCCCCUCCAGCCAGGACCAGGCCCCUCCUUGAGUCCUGUCCCUGGGGCCAACGUGGGCCGGCAGUGUCCCCAGGGCCUGCAGCAGAAUCACCCGGCUCAGUCCUCCACGAUCUGCUGUGGCCAGGCCCUGUGUUGGUGCACGCACGCCGGCGUGGGAGCGCACAACUGCGGGCACGAGGAGGACGCGGGCGUCGUGUGCAGCCACCAGGCCCCAGACUUGUAGGCGGAGCGCCUGUAAGGCUGGGUCCCGCGCUGCUCCUUCCGUAUGCGCCAAGUCUAGCGACUGCGCCCCCCGCGGCUGUCCUGCGCGCCCAUGCGCGUUCCCGCUUGUCCUGGGUGUCCCUUUUCGGUGUGCCUUCUGCAGACCUCAAGCCAGGCCUGAGUUGAGUAGCGAUCAUGGCCUCUUUUACCUCCAGCGUUGAGGAAGUGGCAGGAGUGCAGUUUGGACCCAGGACCCCUAGGACAGCGCCCCCCACACCCCCGCAAGCAGGGACAGAGCUGGCAGAUUGGGAGUCUGGCCAUGACUGUCCUGCCCAGGCCGGGAGUGGGAGGUGCCGAACAGCUGUGCGACAGGAUCCAGGAGCACGUCAGGUGGAGCACAGUGAAGCCCUGAGGCUGUGCCUGCCCACGGGAGGGUGGAGCUGCCAUCGCAGGGCACAGCAGGCUGAAAAGGCUGGAGCUGUCCUGGGGCCUCACUGUGCUGCGGAGCCUGUUUGAGGGCCCUGGGACAGAAGCCCCUUCCUGGCCAGGCAGAGCUUCCACCAGCCUCACCAGCAUUGAUGGACACAGGGACUGCCCGCUUCCAAGGCUGUGCCGGGACCGUAGGGCCAUCUCAUGCCCACCCCUGUCCAGGAAUCCCAGGGGAGCCUCCGGUUCCUCCAGCCCCACCCAGGGCCAGCAGGCUUGGCACCAAUGAGACUGCAGCACCAUCACUAGGGCUGUGCCAGCAGUGUGGUGCCUGCCAGCCCUCGGGUCUCCUCUCUGGGCGUGAGGUGAAGGGCGGGGAGAGGGGCCCGGCCCGCAGCUCUGUUUUGCUGGCCAGGCCAGGGGGCUCAGGGACAGCAGGGCCGGUGGGUGGGUGAUCAGACAAGUCCUGUGUGACAGGUGGGGCCUCAGAAAGGGGCUCUGGCUUGAGCUGGCCAUGCAUGGGGAGCGGGUGCAGGCCUGGUGCACGAGAGCUUGGGGUUGUCCUCACCACACUGAGGCGGGAGUUCUUGAACAUCAAGGGGCGAUCCCUUACAGAAAUGCAAGACAGGAAAAAGAAAACGGGGCAUGACAGAGAGCUGCACAGCUGCUGGCAGCAGGCUGGUGGCAGCUGGAGCUGUGUCCCUGCCCCAGGGACAGGCGUCCCCCUGCUCAAGGAGUGUGGCACUGGUAGAUGCGAUGGGGUGACCUGGGGGGUGGUGUGGGGAUUGGCCGGCCAGCCCCUGAAUGAGAGCGCCGGCUGCUGUGGGACCACUUGAGGCUGAGUGACAAAAUCCUUUUCUGAGUUGGUGGCAUUGGUGCAGUAGCCUGCAGGCUGGGGAAGGGCCAAGUCCCCCUGAACUUGCCACACUUGUUUGCUGAUGAAUGCUGCUGCUUCCAUCUCCAUUUCUGGGCCCUUCUGCAUUUGACUGAGGACUCUGGUCUCCCGCCUGGCUCUUUGUGCCUUUGUGCUCCUCUGGGUUGGGGGACCCAGCCCUGAGCCUCGUCCAUCCCCUUGGCUUUGCGUGUAGGUCACCAUUAGUGCUGCCACUGAGUGUGGCCUGGGUACUGGGCUCAGUUGUAAGCAGCAUACGGCACGGGUCUACUCCAUUCUUGACAAUCACAGCAGCAGAAAUCCAGGUGCACAGCCAGGGCGGGGAGAGGCUGAGCCUUAGUGCCAACCCAUGUGCUGCUGCGCCUGCAGGGAGGCACGGCCACCAGCUUGGCCUGCCCAGUGUAGCCAUCUGCCCUUCUCAAACUCAGUGUGAUCCUCCUGCCUCAGCCUCCUGAGUGCUGGGAUUACAGGUGAGCACCACCAUGCACAGCUUUCCCCCUAUUUCCAGACUCUACCUUUCAGGCCUCAGAGGUGUGGCUGGACCUGACACCUCAGAAGGUGAGGACAGUCUCCCACCCCUGUUCCCACCCCCCUCCAUCCUAUAGAUGUGGAAGCAGAGGGCCAGGGAGGUUAUCACAGCCAGAUGUCACAGAAAAUAUUUUCAUUUGCAUUGGGGCAGUCCCCUCCAGAGCAUCAACUGCUGUCCCCAGGCACCAAGUUCCAGGUCUCCAGGGAAAGCUGAGUCCCACCCUUGCAGCCCAGGACUCUCCUUCCUCCCUUCUAGUUUCCAGUUUGCCUACAGCUGGGAGGGGGUCCCCACAGUGGGACAGCUCAGGUGCAGUUCUCUGGGCCCACUGCUGCAGGGGCUCAGCCUGAGGGCCCUAUCCUGACACUUCUGCACCUCCUGACCCUUGCCACUGAUGCUGUGCGUGCCAGUGCUGUCCACUAGGCGCAUAAUGUUAGCCAACUGAGUAGUGAAAAUGUAACCACAGUAAAAAGUAAAAUGUUUUUAACAAUGCAUUUUAUUCUUCCCAACAUAUUAAAAUGUUA